AUGGAUCAUAAGUUCAAAGUCAAACGAGCCUCAUCGGUGACCGGCGCUCCUCCUCCUCCACAGAGCCGACCUGUCACCGGACACUGUCGCCGUGGAAACACACCUGGGCUUAAAGUCACACUGUGGAACAUUUCAGUGGCUCUGACCCGACUCGAGGUCACGGUCGCUCCGAGAACUUCCCCAAAAACACCGGACCAGACGCCGCAGAAACAGGAACCGCCCCAGAGUUUAAGACCCGGAGCAGACCCGACCCGGACCGGACUCAGGUCUGGACCAGGACUCGACCACAUCCCCGACCCGUCUGCUCCUCCCAGAAACAAAACCCCCCGACGGAUCAUGUCUCGUCACGUUCACCACAGAGGAAGAUUCAGCAAAACCGACGAUGUGGUGAAUCUUGUUGACAAAGACUCGGAGGUUUUUCCUCAGUUUGAGGCGUUCGACGGCGUCGACGUCACACCAAGAUCAUCCUCAGGAAGUCCUCUGUCGGUGCAGGACGUGGACUUGAUGAAGUCCAUGAACGCGUCGGCUCACCGGACGGCGGCGUAUCAAACUGAGGCUCUGGUGAUUCGCCGAGGAGACCCGUUCUUCCUCAAACUCACCUUCAACCGACCAAUCAGGGACCAGGACAGCUUCCAGGUCCAGUUCCGCAUCGGAGCGAACCCAAACGAGCUGCGUAAGUCCCUGGUGGUGGUGUCGUUCUCGGGUCUGGUCGGGUCGGGUCCGUGGGCGGCGUCGGCGUCGGAGCAGCAGGGGGCGCUGAUGCUCCAGAUCACCCCUUCGACGGACGCCGUGGUUGGUCGAUACCGGGUGGCGGUGGGCGUGGCUUUGGCCAACGGGCUCCAGUUCACCGGACCCGAACUCCAGCCGUACCUGUACCUCCUGUUCAACGCCUUCAACCCCGGCGACAGUGCGUUCCUGAAGGCGGGGCAUGAGGAGUACGUCCUGAACGACUCUGGAGAGAUUUACAUCGGCUCCAUGAACCAAGAGUACGCGAAAAACUGGAACUACGGACAGUACGAGGCUGGAGUACUGGAGGCUUGUAUCUUCAUCAUGGACAAAUCUCAGCUCCCGAUCGCCGACAGAGGAGACGCCGUGAAAGUCGUGAGGAUGGCCUCCGCCAUGAUAAACUCUCAGGACGAUGACGGUGUCCUCGUGGGAAACUGGAGCGACGACUUUUCUCUGGGAAAGUCUCCGAUGUUCUGGACGGGUUCGGUCCAGAUCCUGCUGCAGUUCCACAACACCGGGGCCCCGGUCGCCUACGCCCAGUGCUGGGUCUACGCCGGGGUCCUCAACACCUUCCUCAGGUGUCUGGGUUUUGCGUCUCGUGUCAUCACAAACUUCUCGUCCGCUCACGACAACGACGGAAACCUGAAGACCGACCUGAUCUUCACCUCAGACCUUCAGCCGGACUCCAGGCGCACCAGGGACUCCAUCUGGAACUAUCACUGUUGGAACGAGGUUUUCCUGAAGCGCUCCGACAUCCCCGACGAGUACAGCGGGUGGCAGGUGAUCGACGCCACGCCGCAGGAAACCAGCGAUGGACAUUAUCGCUGUGGCCCGGCGUCUGUCUUGGCCAUCAAGAAAGGAAAAGUGUGUUACCCUUUCGACGCCAGAUUCAUCUUCGCCGAGGUGAACAGUGACAUCUUGUAUCACAUUCGAGACAAAUAUGGAAAUCUGAGUCUCCUCAAAGUCGACAAGAAAACUGUCGGAAAAAAACUCCUCACCAAAUCUCCACAGGGAUACCAGCCCCUGGAGCUCACCUGGGAGUACAAACACAACGAGGACACUCCUGAAGGCGAGAGGAGAAACGAGGAGGCGUUGGCGACGGCCGAGAGUUUGGGCUGCAGCAGAGACCACACGGAGACUCCGCCCACUUCCCUCAGCGUCACCAUCAACACCAAGAAGAGCUACGUGGGACGUCCCGUGGAGGCGCUCGUCGACUUUGUGAACCAAUCAGAUUCCUCGCUGCAGACUCAGGUGACGGUUUCCGUGGAGACGAUCUACUACACGGGCGUGAGGUCACAGGAAGUGCACAAGGAGGAUUACCCCCUCGUCCUGCCCCCCCGCUCCACCCAGCAGAUGGCGCUGUCUGUUUCUCCUCAUGAGUACCUGCCGGUUCUGGGGCAACAGCCGAACCUGAAGAUCUCGGUGUCGGUCCGAGCGCCGCCCAACGUGAUGGUGACCGAGUCCGCCGUGGUCAGUCUGGAGGUGCUCUGGCUCCAGCUGCAGGUUUCUUCUCCGGUGCGUCUGGGGCAAAAAGGCGUCGUCUCUGUUUCCUUCACAAACAAACUGGACAUCGCCCUGAGCCGCCCGGCGCUGGGACUGGAGGGACCCGGGCUGCUCCCCUUCAGGACCAAGGAGUUUGAGGUGGUGGAACCUGGAGGUGUUCUGAAGUGGGACGUGGAGUUUUUCCCUUACGGACUCGGACUCAAAAAACUCUCCUCUGUGUUGAUCGUCAACGACUCCGCCAUGGCCUGGGGAUUCGUUGACGUGGAGGUUCUUCCUCCUCCUCAUUGGUCGUCCUAUGGCUCCGCCCCUUUUGGAGUUCCUCGACUCAUGCGCUCCAGUCGCUCGGGGGACGGGGCUUAGACCAGACGAAGGCCUCUGAUUCGCUCUUCGCUUCUGUCAAUCAUGAUUAAAAUCAGUGUAAUCUUUUAUGAACACAAACACGUUUCAGCACAUGAGCCGCAGCUUCAAGUCUCCACCAGGUUUCACCAAACAGUCACAGCCACUUGUACCCCAGACACACUUUAAACCAGAUGCCCUCCCUGUCACAGCCACUUUUACCCCAGACACAACCAGAUGCCCUCCCUGAGUCUUAUCCACUGAACUCGAUCAGUACGAGUUUUUAAAUCAAUACGCAUCUUUAGAUUCAACUUGGUCUAUGUCAGGGGUGUCCAAACGUUUUUCAUCAAGGGCCAGAGGACUAGACAAGGACUAAACCAGGACUAAACCCGGACUGGACCAGGUCUAAACCAGGUCUAAACCAGGACUAAACCAGGACUAAACCAGGACUAAACCAGGACUGAAGCAGCUCCUGGUCUCCACACAGACGAGGCAGAGGUUUGAUCCAGGGCCGUAGUCUGGAGCUCAGUACAGUGAAUAAUUAAAAUCUGUGCAGGUUUAACACGUUAGAAUGAGGCUCAGAUCCUUAAAACCAAACACAAAAUAUUCAAUAUUGGCUUUAUCAAGGUAGAUGUUCAAAAAAAUUUGAAGUAAAAAGUAAAUUUUUAAUUGAUUUAAGGUCAUUUGGGUCAAUUCACCUGGAAGCCUGAGGGUCAAGAAAAAUUUGUCUGAGGGCCGCAUUUGGCCCACGGGCCAUAGUUUGGACAUACCUGGUCUAUGUUAUAAUUUUACCAGUUAAUUUUUAUCUUUUAAAUGUGUUCGAUUUGAUUUUUAACUUCAAGAUUUAAUAAUGCUGAUCUGUUUUACUAACAAUAAAGCAUCCACAAAGA